AGAAUAAGAUGAUUCGAUUUGUUAUAUCCUCUAGUUCACAACCCGAAGUGCCUGAAAUUAAAAUGGAAUGUGAAAAUUUCCUUCAUCAAUAUGAGCAUCGGAAAAAUUUAUAUAAUGUAAUUUAUUCAUUAUCGGAAGAUGAAUCUUCGGUAUUUCGAUCAAGACAUGAAGAAUUUGUGAAAUCAAUGUUACUUGUAACUUUAGAUAAUAAUCCAAUUAUUCGAACAACUGUGGCAGGAAAAAUUUUUGCAGAACUUUUAUAUAAAAAUAUUCUUUCGAUGGAGGCCAUAACUAAAGGAAUCGAUGCUGUCCUUAAAAAUUGGAAUGAUUAUUUGAUGGAUAACCCUCAAUUUUUCUCCUAUAUUGCUGCCAUUAUUGCUCCAUUAUUAUUAUCACAAAAUGCUUCCUUUGAUUUUAAUAAUUUAAAAGAUUCGUGUACGUCAAUACGGCCAGAUAAUUCUAGUAAAUUUUUCAUGGAAGUAUUAAAUAAAAUUCUUAGGUCCAAUAAAACACAAAAAAUAAAAGAACACCAAGGUGGUAUAUUGUGGAUUUACAAUAAGUGGGGGAUGUCAGAUGUUUCUCUUGAUGUAUUUAUGCCUCAUAACCAAAUAAAUAAGUUUUUUAAAAAUGAUUGAAUUGGAGUAUUCCUGUUAUCUAUUGCUAUGUAUGAUAAAAUGAAGCUGACUGAUAGUAAACUACUGUAUGCUAUAUUAAAUUGUUGGAUAAAUGUUAAUAUCAGUGCAGAAAUAAUAAAAUUCCCUCUGUUUGUGCGAGCAUUAACUAUAGCUAUUGUCAUAGUAGGUUCAAAACCGAAUCAUUCUUACGAAGAUUUCUUUGACCAUGCUCAUGUGAAAUUAUUGACUUAUUAUAUUCAGUCUGAACCACUUCCAGAACUUGAAAUCCAGGCUCGAGAAAUUCAAUGUCUGUCUGGCAUUCAUAUAAUGUCUGCAGUACUUGGGCAUCCUGAAGGAAUGGUAUUAAGACUAUUCCAUACACUCUAUCAGGAUAGUAUUAUAAGUAAAGAAUCGUUUGAACUAUGGAAAAAAGAAUAUGAAUUCAAACUAAGAUUUAAUGAAGACUUUGAAAGAAAAACCAUAUCUAGUGUAGUUUUUAAUUCAUUCUUCCUUUCACUGUCAGUAAACGAUUCUGAUUCUGAUGAAACAUUUGAUUAGUGUACCAACACUAUAUUAUAGCUGCGUGU